GUAAAGUUUAGUUUGAGCGAAAUUUAGGAGGUCCGCUGCGAAGUUUCAUACAAGCCCCAUCCUAAUAGAACAGCCAGCCACAUGAAGAAAAGGGCAGAAAAGCUGCAAUUGGACAAUUUGCCAAGGCAGUAAUCCCUGGUACAUUACAGCGUAGACAGAUGUUGAUAUCCCCAAUAAAAAUAAGGUGACGUUCCACAUUGAGCCAAUUUCAUAGGCUGCCACACACCCCAUUGCGCGGUCUAUUAAAAGGGCUCAGUAGUCGGUCAUCCGUUCCUCUUCUACUUUUCAUCGAAACGUAAUUCAUCAUGUCAGGACCUCCUCUACCUCAAGGCUGGGAAGCUCGUUAUGACCAGAACUCGGGCAAAUACUAUUUCAUUGACCACAAUACCCAUCAAACUACCUGGGAAGACCCACGGAGUCGCGGAUACCAAUCUCCCCCGCCACCACCUUCGUAUGGCGGUUCGCCUCCUCCUCCUCACCCCUCUCCAUAUGGCGGAAGUGGCUAUGGUGGUUAUCAACAACAACCCCAGAACCAAUCCUACGGUGGUAGUCCUUACCCUCCUCCCCAACAGCAAGGUUAUGCUGGUGGUGGUGGUUACGACCAGAACCGUGGCUACGGUGGUUCCCCUUACCAACAGAGUCCCCCACCUCCCGUACCUCAAAAGAAGCCUGGUAUGUCCACUGGUAUGAAAAUUGCUGCUGGUGCUGGUGUUGCAGCUCUCGCUGGUUUUGCCAUUGGAGAAGUCGUUGAGCACGAGAAGGACGAAGACCGAGAACAAGACAGACGUUUGGCUCGCCUUGAACAAGAAGAGAGUAUGGAUAGAUAUGACAAUAACUAUGGCGGUGGUGGUGGUUAUGGUGGUGGUGGUUAUGAAGGAGGCUACGGCGGCGGUGGUUACGGCGGCGGCGGCAACACUACCGUUAUUGAAGAAGACGGUGGUUGGUUCGGUCCUGACAAGGAAACCAUCAUUGAAAGAGAUCAAUAUGGUGACACCACAGUCAUCGAAAAAGAAGAUGGAUGGUUCCGUGACGAGACCACUGUCACCGAGACUGACCGAUACGGCGACACUACUGUCGUUGAAGAUGAUAGUUGGUUCUAAAUUCCUGCAAUGAUACUCCCCAGAUUCCCCUCCAAUAUUGAUCUGUGUUGUUUGCCAGACAAUUAAAUAAAUAAAUAAAAAGAUUUGAACAUUUUGUAUUGUACUUGAAACAUGGCUACAGUUCAACAACAUUUAUACUACAGGUUGGAUAUCAUACAAAAGACAACCAUUAUUAGACGUUCCUUCCCAUCCACGCGUUCCUGAUGUCGUGAUCAUGUACUUUGAGGUGCGAUCAAUUACU